AUGAUGAGCCAGGGGCGUGUUCCAGAGCGUCGGGGGAUCCACGUGGACCAAUCAGAGCUGCUGUGUAAGAAGGGGUGUGGUUACUACGGCAACGCGGCCUGGCAGGGCCUCUGCUCCAAAUGCUGGAGGGAGGAGAACCAGCGGCAACGCCAACGACAGAUCCAGGAGGACUGGGCACUCGCAGAGAAGCUGCAGAGGGAGGAGGAGGAGGCUGCCUAUGCCAGCAGCAAUCAGGGCCAAUCACAGACCAGCAGCAGCCAGCUCGGCCAAUCCCAGGCCAGCGUCCCACCUCAUGCCCCCACUCCAUUGGGUCCCUUCUCCAAGUUUGAGGAGAAGAAGACCAAUGAGAAGACUCGAAAAGUCACAACGGUCAAGAAGUUCUUUAGCCCCUCAUCCCGCACCCAGGCCAAGAAAGAGGGUGUGUGUGAGGAGGGGUCUGGGGUGUUUCGGAGAGAGAGUCACGGAGAAGCUUUUCUCAAAGACCUCAGAGCCAUCUUCACACUCAACACGCCGGCCGAAGAGGCUCACGAGGGCAAGGCUCCCAGUCCGUCGAUGUGUCGUCAGUGGAGCGUGGAGACGGAGCGCGUGUCACGUGACUUUGUGGACUUCCUGAAACAACUGCAGAAACCAGGAAGAGAAAUACACAAGCAGAGCCGUGCCUUCAUCGAGGCCAUGGCCAACAAGAAGGACCUGAGUGCUGAUGAGCAGUCUGAGUGUGUGCAGGAUUUUUACCAGAACAUGUCAGAUCGCCUCAUGAUACCCUUCAAAGGUUCCAGUGAGCGUGUGGAGGUGGUUAUGGACCAUGUUGAGCAGUACAUCAUGACUCGACUAUAUAAAAGCGUCUUCUGUCCCGAGACCACAGACGACGAGAGGAAAGAUCUCAACACACAGAACAGGAUAAGGGCUCUGCACUGGGUGACCAUUCAGAUGCUGGGGGUUCCGCUGGACGAGGAAAUACCUGAGGUGUCCGACAGUGUCGUCAAAGCCAUCACCGAUGUGAUCGAGAUGGACUCUCGGCGUGUGCCUCGUGAUAAGCUGUCGUGUGUGACGAGUUGCAGUAAGCACAUCUUCAACGCCAUCCGCGUCACCAAGAGAGAACCCGCCUCCGCUGACGACUUUCUCCCCGCACUCAUUUAUGUAGUCCUCAAGGCCAACCCCCCCAGACUGCAGAGUAAUAUACAGUACAUCACCAGGUACUGCAUACCAGCCAGGCUGAUGACGGGAGAAGAUGGAUACUACUUUACUAACCUGUGUUGUGCGGUGGCCUUCAUUGAGAAGCUGGAUGCCCAGUCUCUGAACCUGAGUGUUGAGGAUUUUGAUCGCUACAUGAGCGGAGAGGGCUCCCCCUGUGGGGAGUCGCGCGGCAUCGGGGCCGGCAGCGGGCCGCAUGCUGACAGCCCUGCUCUGGCAGAGGCACAGAGACAGCUGGAGACACUCAACGACCUCACACAGAGGCAGGAGAAGGUGCUGUCCAGUGCGUGUGAGCUGCAGGCAGAGCUGGCGGAGUGGGAACAGAGUGUCAUACGCCAGGUGAAGGGUAUCCUCGAGCGCUAUCCUCUUACUCUUCCUCCUCGUCCUCCUCAGCCGGCGAUCGACUCCCAAAACACAGAUGACGACAACCUACCCCCACCACUCACACCACAACUAUUAUAA